CGUAAAGAAAAAAACACUAGCAGACAGCGAGCAGGCGUUUCACACUUUAUAAUGUUGUUAAAACGAUAGGUGCGCGCCGAAUAAGUUUGCGUAUGCAUUUAAGCAGUUAAAAGUUAACAAGUACCGAUCAUUUUUUUUAAAUAAAUACAUUUAAUGCGUCGUUGUCUUGUCUGCUGCUGUUUCAAUCGUUAAAAAGUGCGUGGAAAAGUGUACGAAACCAAUACACGGAAAGUGGGACAACCGAGCGCUUCGCUUGUGGCUGUAUGUGUGUUGUGUUCUCUCUAUGUAUGCGUAUAUGUGUAGUGUAUGUUUGUUUGUGUGUGUAAGCGAGACGAGUACGAGUACGGGCAAUUUGUACCGACUAUAGGUCUCCUAAGUAAAUGUAUUUUAUAUAUAUUAAAUAAUUAAUACGAAAAAGUGCAACGAAAUGUUUACAAAGUGUGCAAAUAACAACAAAACAUGUUUCAUGUCUUAACACAACGACAAAGACACGCGCACACCAAUAUACACGCGAAUUGCAUGCAAAGAGAAGGCGCUCAACUUCUACUCCAUCUUCUUUUGUCUGACGUUUUGCCGCAUGGUAGAAGCCUUAGCAAUUGGCGUGGAUAACGGUAGAACGCAAUGAAUGAUUUACGCCAACAACAAGUACAGUUAGCAGCAACAUCAUCAACCACAGUAACAGUAAACCUGGAAGCAACACCGCUCUGCAGCAGCUCCAACAACAGUACCAGUUCCAACUCAAGCUCCAGCAGCAACAUAAGUCCGCGCUCAAAUUCGAAUUCGAACUCAAGUGCGAGUGCCAACUGCAAGCCGUCAACAACAACAAGAACAACAAUUGACAGUCCGGAGCAAGAGUUGCUGAAUCGGGCUGAGCACCAGCACCAGCAGCAGCAGCUGGAUAAGGAUCAAGGCAGCCAGGAAGUUAGCUCGACAUCGUCGCCCGCACAGCGACAGCAAUUGAAUGUGUCGCCCGCAGCUGAAACAACUACAUCAACAUCCGCAGCAGCAGCAACAUUGCAACAGCAACGGCUGCGCCGUCAGCAGCAGCAACAGCAGGAGGAGGAGCUGCCGUCAGUGGGACAAAUAACGAGCACAACAGCAUCGCCGCCGCAGGAAACACUGCGCGACGAUGCGCAUAACGAGCAGCAGCUGUCCAACAACAACAACAGCAGCAGCAGCACCACCAGGAAUAGCAGCAACGAUAACAGCAGCAGCAUUAGCACUGCAACAUCAGCAGCAACCGUAACCACAACGGCGACAUCGACAAUGGCUGCCACCGCUUUGGAUCUAAAUGGCGAAGAGAAAAGCAGCGGGAGUGGCAGUGGGAGCGGGAGUCAUAAGAUCAUAUUAAAGCUAUCGAAGCACAAUACGAGUAGCGAAUCUCUGAGCAACGAUGAGCGGCGUGUGGAGCCCUUGCGUAUACAGUUGCCACAAGCACAAAGUCCAAAGGGGCAGGGGCAAAUGAUGGAGGAAGGCGUGGUGCCCAAGAUAACAAUACGUCCAUUAAAACCGCAGGAUGCCGAUGGCUGUGCCUCCUCCUCCUCCUGCUCCUCAUCCUCCUGCACCGAAGAAGAGCAACUGCAGCCAAGCAGCCAGCCCCAAGCACAUAUUGUGCCCAAACUCACCAUUCGUGCCGCCAAUGAGGAGCGUGUGAGCAGCGUUGUACCCAAGCUGUUUAUCAAAAUGAACGAUGCGGGCGGCGGAAGUGGAGGAGGCGAUAGCCCCACCAAAGCGGCUGCAACGGCGGGCGCCAUCGGGGUGCUGCCUAAGCUAACCAUUAAGACUACCAAGCUGGAGGGCAAUGGCAGCGAGACGCAAUUGAUGAGCUGCAGCCUGUCACCCGCCUCAGCAUCCUCCAGCUCAGUCUGCUCUUCCACAGGCUACUGUUCCGCUGAACUGCAGACGCAACCGCCACCGCCAGUGCCCAAAUUAAUGAUAAAGACCACACAUGCGGGCAGCAGCUGCAUUAGCAGCGAGGAGCAACAACAGCCACAACAACAACAACAACAGAUACCAAAGCUUACUAUUAAAACAGCGACAGGCAAUCAGGAGCAGCAGCAGCAGCAGCAACACCAAGUGUUUAUGACGCAUGAUGCAAACAAUGCACAAAGCAUACCCAAGUUAACCAUCAAAACAAAGUCCAUAGAGCUGGAGGAUGAGCAGCAGCAGCAGCAACAGCAGCCGGAGCAACAGCAACAGUUGGUGCCCAAACUGACAAUCAAAACAAACUGCGAAUCGCCGCAGCAACCGUUGCUUAAGCUUACCAUUAAGAAUCUUUGCUCGCCCAAGCAUAAAGUGCGUGCUGUGCUCGAAGAGAAGGUCGUCAGCUCGAGAUUGACGUUGACCAACGGCGGCGAAGUCAACAAUAGCAUCGAGCUGGAGGAGCCGCGUCGCAAUUCCGAUGACAUGGAUAUUGAUGAUGCGCUUAGCAAGGAGCAUGAUCCUAAAAUAUUUCAUAAUCCACCGCCGCCAACGCUCACCAGCAAUGGCAUCGAAGCGCAAACGCAGAAGCAGUUGCUGAAACAGCAGCAGCAGGCACAACAUAACAUUGUGGAAAUGGUGGAUCUGACAUCUUCGCCCUCGCCGGGCUCCUCACCCGCACAUGCUGCCAGCACGAACAACAACUAUGCGCCGCCCACCAAGCGAGCUAUGUCGCCAGCGCAAUCACAGAAUUUGCUGCUCAAAUGUUUUCGCAUGCAAGCGGCGCAGGCAGCAGCAGCAGCAGCUACGCCAACAGCAGCAGCAGCCGCCACAGCAGCACCCACCCCGUCUUCUAAUUCGAAUAUACUGCUCAGUCAGUUAACAGCGCCGCCCAAAAGCUUUAACAACAGUUUGAAUUCCGCUGCUGCUGCCAAAUAUCCGCAACUAACUGAACGCCUUCUGGCCAAUGGAGCUGGCAGUCCAGCAACUGUUGCUGCUGCUGCGGCACAGCCCAUUAUUGAUUCCAUUGAGAUACUGGACACACCCGAGGGCAGUCCACAGCUAAUGUUCAUGCCAAGUGCCUACGAGAUGGAGCCAACACCAAUAGCAAUAGCAGCAGCCGGUGCAUCAGCAGCGUCGCCGUUGCCUUUUUUAAAACUUAAUGCGAAUCUUAAUCACAAGUCUGACAAUCAACAGCAACAAUUGCAGCUGACCAACAACAAUGAGCAUCAGCUGAAGCGUCAGCAGCAGCAGCAGCAACAGUUGCUGACAGAGGCCUGCGCAGAAUCUCUAACAAGCGGGUUACCGCCCAACAAGCAGCGACGUCUGGACAACAAUGAGAACGACCAGCAGACGCAUAAUUUGGGCAGCGGCGUGGCAGCCCCAGCGCCCGUGCCCAUUGUAGCACCAACUCCAGCAGUCCAGCAGCCGUCGCAUCGCAGUCGUAAGCAGAAACAUGAGCGCAUACUCAACACUGAGCUGGAAGAGCCACUGCAGCAGCUGCAUCAACAACACCUGCACCAUCACCACCACCAGCAACACCCAAUGCACGCUGAGCAUGGGCUAAGUAACGGUACAUUGCUCCAUGGCUUUGACGACGCCAGUGACAAUGCAAUGACGGCGACAGCAACAACAACAACAAUAACAACACCAAGCACAGGCAAGCGACGUGGUCGCCCCAAACGCAAUGCUGCCAAUGAAGCAACACCCACAAUAAUAAACUCAGCCGCCGCAGCAGCAACAACCGCUGCCGACAGCGCUGUCAAGUCACGACGCGUUCAGUUGCUGCGCAAACGCUUGGCCAUCGAUAUGGUUAGCGCCGAGCAGCCAAUGAUGCUUAACUCGGAAGCGUUGCCCGCUCUGGCUAAUCAGGCGGAGCUUAAUCAGCUGGAGCAUCCUGAAGGCGGCGAUGAUGAUGCCGCUGUGGACGCUAUUGGCGGCAUGGCAACAGCAACGGCAACAGCAGCAGCGGCGGCGCAGCUAACGGCAACCGGCAUGCGUACGCCAAGUAGACGCGCUUCGCGACGCACAACGCCAGCGACGACGCCAGCAGCAAAGGGAACCCGCAGGCGUCUGAGCAAAGCAGCGACGCAGGCAGCGGCCGCGGCGGCAGCAGCAGCAGCAGCCGCCGCCGCCGCAGAGGCAAUGGCUGCUGCUGCAGCGGAAACAAACAACAAUAGCGAUAAUAUUAACAAUGUCAUCACAUUUGGUCAAAUUGACCUCACCAUGUGCUCCUCCUCCUCAUCUACCAGCAAUGGCAGCGCUGCAACUGCAUCAGCAGCAGCAUCAUCAUCAACAGCUGCAAUGCUGCCGCCUACAACAAUUUUGUCCUCAUCGGAUCCACUGCCGGAUGUCAUCUUUCAGCCAAAUGAUUUCUCAUCCAUUAUGGCCACACAGCAGCUGCGCGCCAACAACAACAACAAUAUUCGCUGUGAUUCACAAGAUGAGGACAGCAAUAGUUAUAGUGGGCUUAACAACUCCGGUGAUGAAACUGCGAGUGCUUUGCCGCCUGUAACGCCAACACGUGGACGUGGGCGUGGCCGCGGCUCUAGAGGCGGCUCCACCGGCAACUCGUCCAACUCCAAUCGCGCGAGCUUAACUCCCGGACAGCCGCGCAUGCCACGAAUGAGCCGUGGGGCCAGUGCAGUGGCCAAGGCAAUAGCCCAAAGUCGACCACGUUGUGUGGGCGGACUCAAGCAUCAGCCAGAUCCGGAGCGACUUAAGGGUUUAUUUAGUCCGUCGCCACAAGUAUUUGAGGAGGAUACGCGCAUGAGCGCCGAUUUGAACAACAGCAAUCAAUCGGUGACCAGCAUGGAGCCACCGUUAACACCACAAAAACAACUAGAGUUUCUGAACAAUGAGGAAUCACAAUCGUCGAUGUUGAGCAGCGUUAGUAACAGCAUGCUGGACUCUAAUCAGGGUUAUUCCAUCGAUUCAGUAAUCAGUUCAGCGCUCAAACGUCCAAAGAAGAAGAAAAUGGAGAUCUGCGUGGCGGAAGACACGGUCUUUUAUGCAUCCACUAUAGCUGAAUAUGAUUGGCCGCCUCCCAAAGGUUGCUGCCCGUCAAAGAAUCGCGACACAUUUAUGAUCCAGGAGCAGGUGGCACUCUAUUUGGGUAUCACAAGCUUUAAGCGCAAAUAUCCCGAUUUGCCGCGACGAGCUAUUGACAUGGAGGAGCGAAAUUGGCUGCAGGAAAAAGGACUUGUCACAGAAAAGAUGUGCGAUCUAGGCAUUACGGCCGUCUGGGCAUCGGACAUUCUCGAUAUAAUGUAUACGGAUUUUUAUGACAAGUACGAGGAAUACAAGGAGUACAUACGCCAAAAGCAUUUACGUGACAUUGAAGCUAAGCAAAAGGCGCUCGGCCUUACAGUUGGCACUGGACGUGGACUCCAAGCACGAGAUCGCGCCAUGCUCUCCGCCAGCAAAUGGAACGUGUACUUUAAUAAAACCCGCAAGGAGGAGCGUGUUGCUUGCCUGGAUCUGCAGACAUUCACUAUAAAUACGCCCGUGGAACGCACGGCACCUGGCUCAACGUUGUUGCAACGCAGCGUUGUUAGCUCGGUGCGUGAUGCAGCUCAGGCGGAGAAUAUACCUGAACCACCCACGCUGCUGAAGCCGCGAGACUCUGAUGCCUGCCCUACUGAGGAUUAUGUCUAUCCCCUGGCACUUGUGCCAGGCCAAUUUACGUCCAACUAUCACCAGCCAACGCCCGCCGAGCUAAGAGCGUAUCCCAUCAAUACGGUGAUUGAGAAGCCAGCGCCGCAGCAAGCGCAACCGUCAGAAUGGAAGUUGGCGCGACGCAUGCAGCGCGCGCGUCAUCGAAAUGCCAGCGCCUACAAUUCGUCCUAUGAUGAGAGUAGCAGCAGCAGCAGCAGCAGUGCCGGCAGCAGCGGCGAAUCUGAUAACGAUGGCAACGAUAGCGACAGCAGCUGCAGUAGCAUCGCCAGCAGUUGCAGCAAAGCGAGCAGCAACAGCGCCAGCUCAAGCUCAAGCUACGGGUCCGGUUCCCAUGGCAGGUUAAUAUCCUCAAGAGGCUGUGGCGUCUGUCACCGCAGUCAACAUCGCAAUGCACGCGAUAUGCCCGAGGCCUUCAUAUGCUGUUACAGCUGUCGGCGCAAAGUUCAUCCUAGUUGCAUCGAAAUGCCCCAACGCAUGGUGGGACGCGUGCGCAACUACAAUUGGCAGUGUGCCGACUGCAAGUGUUGCAUCAAAUGCCGCAGCAGCCAGAGUCCCGGCAAGAUGCUCUAUUGCGAACAAUGCGAUCGUGGCUAUCACAUUUAUUGCCUUGGUGUCAAGACCGUGCCAGAUGGCCGCUGGAGCUGUGAGCGCUGCUCGUUUUGCAUGCGCUGCGGCGCAACACGACCUGAGGGACUGCAGAAUGUGGCGUCGGCAUUAUUAAUGUCACCCGGUGGCGGCGACAAGAGCGCCAAGCCUGUAAAGCACAAAAAGGUGAAGUGGAUGAACGAGUACCGCAUUGAUCACAUCACCAAUCUGCGAGAACACAGUGGCAUGCUUUGUGUGCCCUGUGCACGUGCAAAACCCACCAAGCGUACACCUGCAACCAAUGGUAACAACAGUAGCGGCAGCUGCAGCAGCAACAGUGAAUCGCCCAUUGCACCAGAUACAGUUGCAAGUCCAGCAGCGUCGCCAGUCCCAGCAGUACAGCAGACAGAGCUUGUAGCUGCUCUCAGUCCGCUUGUGCCCGCUUCAGUGGUAGUGGCAGCCACAGUGGAGCCGGCUGGAGCUGGCUGUGGCACGUUGACCACAGUAAGUGGGAAGCGUACGCCACCGCAGCUGCUAAACAAAAGUCAGGACAUCGCCACAAUGCAAUGUAGCAGCUUCAAUAGAAAUAGCAAUGAUGAUGCCGCUGCUGCAGCAACAGCAACAACCAUUGCCGCCGCCGCCACAAUAACAACAACAGCAGCAGCAACACCCGCCCUAACUAGCAGCAAUGCCAUCACAACGGCAGCAACAACCACAAAGCCAGCAAACAAUAGCAUUGGCAUACCACCGCCUCCAGUUGUUGCCUGAGUGGGGGUUAUACGUUAUUGUGCCAAGCGCACUUUAACGGACUUGUAGUAAGGCGCGGGUCGCGUUUCACCAACACACCAACACACACACUCACACUCACCCACAUAAACAAACAGACUCACACACACACAAACACAUGCAUGCACGCCUAUGUGCAUAGUAUUAAAGAAGCAGAUGAAAGCAAAAACAAAGCUAUCUAUGUAUGUAUAUGUAUGCAGAGUUUAAACGCGUAUGUUAAUAAUUCUUACACCUAAUUAUAAAUAUAUAU